UUAGCAGUAGAUGUAAUAAAACCAUACGAUGAAUUUUGCCUUCUUGGGUUAGUCGUGGUGCUCCUUUUGCUCUGACGUGGUGGGUUGUGUUCCUACUGAUCCUUGGCCACGAGAAACCUUUCUUUCCUGUGGGGCUGCUCCAGAUUUUUCUGGUUUCGGGUGGCUCGGUUCGGUGAAGUUUUCGUGAAGAAAUUUCCGAGAUAUGGUGAUGUUGGCCUGGGUCGUAACGCUUUGUCACCUACUGGCUACUGCCUACGUGUAGAUAGAUAUGCACGCAAGCCUUCAUUAGCCUUUAGCUACAGCUUCCGGUCCUUUUCACAGAUUCUCCUUAUGGAACAUAGAUCCACACAGCCUGAUGAAACGUGAACGCAUGCAACUUUCGGAGUUUUUCUCUCCAGUUCUUCAGAUUUGGGUUGUAAUGGAAAGGAGAGUGAAGGCGGAGAUCUCAAGUUGGCAUUGAGGCAGAAGAAAUUGAAGGCUAAGUCCUUGAAGUGGAGAUCAAGCAACAGCGACAUGAACAGCAAGGUAGGGGCAGGGGGGUCUGAUGAAGUCUACGAUGAUGCAGUCCUCUGCUCGCUGUCUACAGCCAGCUUCAGCAGCCUGGUUAGUCGGAAAAGAGUGAGGAACCUUGGAAAGGUAGGUGAGCAGUGUGAUGCUGUCGAUCCUCCAGUUCCAAGAAAAUUAAGAUCAGCCAUAAAGAAGCAAGUCGGUCGAUUUGUUUCUGCAUCAUCUCGGCAUGUCAAAAAGAGACGUCAUCUUUCAGCUAUCAGUGCUCAAAUUUCUUUUAUCGGCCAGGAAACAAGAUUCAAUGGAAACUCGUUAUUUACAGAAGAGGAGGAGGUAAUCGCAGACGUUUUGUUGUCCCUAUCUCAAAUACCCUCUCUUAGUGAGCUCACGGCUGACAAGGCUACAGCAGAUACCUCAAACACAAAUGUUGCUUCAACUUCUUAUUCAGAAGGAGCUACUAAGGAGGGAGACGAAAUAGUCAUACUGCCAAGUGCUGCUAAAGAUUUGUCUAGCCAAGCUACCUGCAUAGAUAAAGUAGUGGGACGAACCAACAGCAUUCCAUAUGUAAAUCCAGUGCCUGGUGCUACAGAUCAAUCCAGCAGCAUAAACCCACCGUCAACAGAAAAUGAGCAAAUGCAGGGAACUGUUGUGAAUUUGCCAAGCCCGUCUAAAGACUCUUCCAAUAACAGCACGCUAAAGCAGCAGAAAGUGCAAUUUGAUGAUAGCCAAAGUUAUCCAGCACAGAAACCAGAGGCUCCUCUUUGGCUGGUAAAUUCUAAUAAAUCUGAUAUCGCACCACAUGAGAGGGAAAACGCCAAGAAUAGCAGCACACAAGAAAUUGUGCCUCUGGUCCAGACUCCACUGCCGCAUACCCCAGAUGGGUACUUAAUAAAGCCCUCUUCAAGCAAAUUAGCUGCUCACAAAAAUACUAUUUCUGAAGCCUCCAAAUUUAUUGCACCUGGAAAUCAGGGCAAGUCUUAUCUGCAGCAUUCACUGGUUAAAAAUGUCGGCUCAACAAAAGCGUGGAAGAGAAGCAUCACCCAUGUCUAUGUGAGCCAUGUGAUCCAGAUGCACAUGAACAAGGAGAAGGCACCCCAGAACCAAGUAAAACCGGAGGAAAGACCACACGACCGGUUUUCAAGGUCUCCAGACGGCUCUGCCAUGCAGAAGAACAACAACAACCCACGGGAUGAGAAGUUCUACACCGUGCACUUCGACGUCCGGGUCCCGGUUCAGCCAUCCGCUGGCUUGUGCGACAUGAGUGCUGGUCGGCAAAAGAUUGUCAGUGGUAAUUUUCUGAACUUGCCCACUUCAACGGCGUUACCGGCCACGCAGCAGCAGCAUCUUCAGUAUCUGCAUCCUCAGAUCGCACCGCGGGGGCCAAUGCCAUACCCGUUCUCGCAUCUUCCUUACAACAGAGGGAAUUUAGCACCUGCUGCAGCGCUCCAACAGAUGCCGCAGCAGUACAUGAGCAACAUGGGCUGCGCUCCGCGCCCGGGCCUUCCGGCGAGCUCGUCAGCCAUGAUGAAGCCGCUCCAUCAGCUGAUACCAACUCAGCAGCAGCAGCAGAUGUGGCAGUACCAUGUUUCUCAGUACCAGCCGAGGCCGGACGCCACGCCGCCGGCAGCGUGGUACGGCAUGCCUACGCUGCGGCCGACGAUGGCCAUGGUUCCUCCCACGGCGAUGCCGCCGCAGAUGGAGCUCUUCUGCGCGCCGUACCAGGCCGGCGGCGGCAGCCGGCAGCCACAGCAGCUCAGGCUGAUCUAGCUAGCCUUCUAGUGUCACUGUCUCAGCUAGACGCACUACUAAUCUAUACUAAAGUUUAUAUAGAACUGGGAUGCUGCUGAUGUUGAAUUCACAAAAAAAGAAAAGGAAUCCAUGCUACUGUGUUUAACUUGGCGGGAAGAUUUGUGCUAGAGAUGAACUGGGGGCUGAACUGUAAUUAACAAAAAUUGUCGUGCGCAGUUGCAUAAUACAAUGCAAAGGCUCUAUUCCAGUUUUAGCA